ACCCCACAACCCAGAUCUCCGAGUCUCCUCUCCCGAGUUGACUCGUACUUCCUUUUUCUCUUCCUUUCUUCCUCAAUCCCAAAUCCCAUUCUUCACUUUGAAACAACUCUCUCUCUCUCUCUAAUGGAGUUUCGCAACAGAAACCUCGUACUCUCUCUCCUCCUCCUUCUCUCUCUCUCCGUACCUCCUUCCCUCUCCUUCACCGCCUUCUCUCCCGUCGAUAACCACCUCGUCAACUGCGGCUCCGCCGAGGACGCCACCGUCGACAACCGCCGCUUCGUCGCCGACGGCUCCUCCAGGAGGAAAUCUCCGUUCUGCCACUCGGAUUCCUCCGUUUCCCUCAGAAACGACAACGCCUUGUUGGAUUCGCCUCAACUCUACGACUCCGCUAGGGUUUUCAGGCGGCCAUCGAAGUACGAGUUCGAGAUCAGAGAGAAAGGAACUCACAUGGUACGCUUCCAUUUCUACAACCUCAAUUCCUUCCGAUUCGACUCCAUUGACGCUCAAUUUCACGUCUUGAUCGACGGAUUCGUAGCUCUGAGCAAUUUCACUUCUGGAAAUAGUAUGAAACCUGCGAUCAAGGAAUACCUGAUCUCGAUCAACUCCGAUAGGCUCGUGAUUAGGUUUUUACCUUCUGGAACUUCGAAAUUCGCGUUCGUCAACGCGAUCGAAGUCAUUUCGGCGCCCAAAGACCUCGUUCCGGAGACUGCUCAGUUUGUUGAUUCUCAGAAAGUUGAGAAUUUUGAUGGAUUGAAGAAUCAGGCACUUGAAGUCGUCUAUAGACUCAACGUCGGAGGUCCUAAAGUGACGCCGUUCAACGAUACUCUGUGGAGGACAUGGCUUCCUGACGACGAGCAUCUCCGAUCGAGUUUUGGAUCCGAAAGACUGUAUUUCGGCGGCCGAAUCAAGUACCAAACCGGAGGCGCCAGCCGCGAAAUCGGUCCUGAUAAUGUGUACAAAAGCGCGCGAUUGAUUCGCAGUCACAAUUCUUCAAUCUCCAAUGUCAACAUCACAUGGGGAUUUUCUGUUACUAAAGGGUACAAGUACCUUGUGAGGAUGCAUUUCUGUGAUAUUGCUAGUAUUUCCCUUGAAUUGCUGUUCUUCAACGUUUAUGUCAAUGGGAAUUUGGCGUAUAAAGACUUGGAUCUCUCUGAGGUUACAGGUUGGAUGCUGAGUUCUCCAUUUUAUGCUGAUUUUGUGGUUGAUCAGAGUGACUCUGAUUUUCUGAGUGUAAGCGUUGGGCCUUCCAACAAGAGCAUGGCGUACGCCAUAGAUGGCAUUCUCAAUGGGGUUGAGAUCAUGAAGCUGAAUAACUCGAUGGGCAGUCUUGACGGCUCCGAUUGCGCGGGCCUUGUUUUGGGGCGAUGGCCGCAGCGGGGUGGCGGCCUUUUGAUCCCUUUGAUUGCUGCCGUGCUCUUGGUGUUGAGCCUUUCUAUCGUGCUGCGCAGGAGGUUUACGUUUGGGAGUCAGGAACCCGUGGCAUGGUCGAAAUUGCCGGUCGAUGUUUCGGAAGUUAGUGCCAAGCAAGGCGGUUAGAGGUGGCGGCAAAAGUUUCCUCAUUUUCUGCAAAAAAUAUGAUAGGACAUGCCGAUAGGAAAAGAGCUUGUCCUACGAGGAGGAAGAAGAGAAGAGUUGUUCAUGGUGGUUGUGUUAUGCAACUGAAUAUAGUUUUAUGUUUUAAUGAUUUGAAGUAUCUAUAGAGGAAAGGGUCUUACGUAACUGGUAAUUUGGCAAUGUAUUUUAGGUUGUUUUCUAAGUUAUUUUGGCAGCAUAAACCUUCUUGUAAAGAAUUUUCUGCGAGUCUCAAAAUAUGUGUUGUAAACUUUCAUCUAUGUAGUAGUGUGUGGUAGUACAUGUAAAUUUGCACUUGACAAAGUAUUUCGGUUACUUACCGUAUCAACUUUUUGGUGCCUGUGUAUGUGUGUAUUUUUGCGAGUAUUUGAUUCUUGUUUUGAUUAA